GUUUCGAGUUGACUAACUGUAUACGGAACAUGCCUCGGCGGGGAAACUCGGAGGCAUCACUUCGUCUUCGGUGCGACUCUACCAUUGUUGGAACAUUAUUGGAGCACUGUUGGGAACAUUUCCUUCUACACGAUUCAAAUGUUGAACGUUACGAAUUCCGUUUCAACAAGAAUACUCUCGCUUUGAUUACGCAUCGAUCGCAUAGCUAGGACCGCCAAUAUGCCCGUGGAAUCCUCAUACCCUCCAUUCGAGGUCCCAACCUCAGAUCUCUGGACGUUUCUGUUCGAAAGGAAAGAGAAACCGUACGGAGACGACAAAUUGCUGUAUAUCGAUCCUUCCACGAAGCGAGGAUAUACAUAUGCCCAAUGCAAAGAUGCGGCCAAGGAGUUCGGUAUGGGCCUGAAAGCGCUCUGGGACUGGGAGAAGGGUGAUGUCCUCGCAUUGUAUACACCGAAUUGCAUCGAUACGCCGGCCAUUAUGUGGGGAUGCCAUUGGGCUGGGGGCGUACUAUCCCCAGCCAACCCAGCCUAUACCGUGGAUGAGCUUGCGUUCCAGCUCAAGGACUCCGGAGCGAGGGCUCUUGUAACCCAGCUUCCAUUCAUCGAGAAUGCCAAAGCAGCCGCGAAGAAGGCCGGUAUACCCGAAGACAUGGUCAUCCUGAUGGGAGACGCAAGAGAUUCUGGACGAACGAAACACUUCACAAGUGUCCGGAACAUAAGCCGCGCCACGAGGUACCGCAAGACGAAGAUCCAGGCUGAUAAGGACCUUGCGUUCUUGGUUUAUUCGUCGGGCACCAUGGGCUACCCGAAGGGGGUUAUGCUCACCCACACCAACAUCGUUUCGAACAUUUUGAUGAUCAAAGCUGGAGAGAGUGGGAAUCUCAAAACUUCCGGUGGUCCCGAUGGCCAAGGCGACAAAAUUCUUGCUUUCCUGCCUUUCUUCCAUAUCUAUGGUCUCACCUGUUUGAUUCACCAGUCGAUGUACUCAGGGAUCACCCUGGUCGUGAUGGAGAAGUUUGAGUUGGAAAGGUUCUGCCAAAUCGUUCAGGAGUACAAGAUCUCUUUCGUAUAUAUGGUCCCGCCUAUCGUUCUGGCGCUGAGCAAGCAUCCGAUCGUCGAUAAAUACGAUUUGAGCAGCAUCAGAAUGAUCAACUCGGGGGCUGCCCCGCUGACCCAUGAUAUUGUCGAUGCUGUCUAUAAGAGACUGAAAGUCCCGAUCAAGCAAGGUUACGGCCUUAGCGAAACGAGCCCGACCACUCAUACACAGCCAUGGGAAGAUUGGAAUCGCAAAUUGGGCUCCGUCGGUCGACUACUUCCGAAUCAAACCGCCAAGUACAUGGACGAGACAGGAACCAAGGAGGUCCCUGCCGGUACUCCUGGCGAGUUGUGGAUCAAAGGACCAAACAUCUUCAAAGGCUACCUCAAUAAGCCGGAGCUUACCGCCGAGGCCAUCGCUGCUGAUGGCUACUUCAAAACCGGCGACGUCGGAUACGUAGACGACGAAGGCAACUUCUACAUCACCGACCGUGUCAAGGAGCUCAUCAAGUACAAAGGCUUCCAGGUUGCGCCGGCAGAACUCGAAGGUACCUUAACAUCGAACGAUAUGAUCCAAGAUGCUGGUGUGAUUGGAGUAUACGAUGCUUCACAAGCCACCGAGCUCCCCAUUGCGUUCGUCGUUCCCGCGGCGGGAGUGGAACCGAGCAAAGACACGGAGCAGAAGAUCGUCAAGUGGUUGGAAGGCAAAGUUGCUCCACAUAAGCGGCUUCGAGGAGGCGUCAGAUUUGUUGAGGAAAUCCCGAAGAGUGCGUCAGGCAAAAUCUUGAGGAGGAUAUUGAAAGAACAGCUUGCAAAGGAGGGUCCCAAGUCAAAGUUGUAAAGAUAGGUGUGUGUAGCUAUUAUUGAGCGUACUUGUCCUGCACUAUAUCCACACAUGGAGCUGGUAGGGAAUACAAGCCCC